CCUCUUCCAGUUCCAGCUUUAUUCAACAGAACGUUCAGCAAGAAGUUCUUCUCUAAGCCUGAUACCCUUGCUUUAUAUCCUGGGACACUGUGCUGCUUUUCAGCAUGAAGCAUUGUCUCUGUCUUCUGCUUUUGGCCAUUGGGUCAGCAUUGGCUUUUGUUAAAGUGACAUCUGAUGGCUCAUGUGCUAAGCAAUGGACGGAAAUAGGAGUGAGCUGUUACCGCUAUUUCAGCAAACCCAUGACCUUUGAAAAAGCUGAUUUAAAGUGCAAAACGUCCUUCAGCUCUCGUCUUGCCUCCAUUCAUUCUAAAGAAGAAGCCUGUAGCCUCGCCAAGUUUGCUGCUUCCCAGAAGCCGAAGGCAAAUAUUUGGAUAGGUCUCACUGAUUUAUCCAUGAAAUUUUACGUAUUUCAAUGGACUGAUAGAACCCGGUUCAACCUUGAGGCUUGGGAAAAAGGUCAGCCAGCUAAGAAACCCAAAGAACACUGUGCACAGCUGUUGAGCUCUAGUGGUUUCCUCAGAUGGGGCACCAAAGAUUGUGACAUCCCUAGCCCCUAUAUUUGUAAAUAUACUCCCCAUCGUAUGCUUGAUAAGUGCUAGGCAAACGGAGCCUCCUCCUGCUCUGCAGAGGAAGUGGUACUCUUCCCCCUUCAACUGCAUAGAUUGUGCUCACAGCUGAAGCCUCCAUCAAUGAUGAACAGCUCUGCUUCCCCCACCCCCAUAUUCAUUUGAUCUCUUGUAUCUUUCUUGAAGGAAAUCAUAAUAAAAAAUUAGAACUUG